ACUUGCAAUAUUAUUGUGGAAGAAGGGAGUUCAUCUGAAAGAAAGGAGCAGCAACUGGCAAAUAAAGUAUAGUUUCUGAGCUGAAUGAUGACAUCAUUGCAUAAUAAAGAAGGAUGUGGAAAGGGACCAAAGAAAAUCUUUGCCCCACCUACACAAAAAUUACACAGCCUGAUACCUUGUAGCCCUAACUCAUGCAAGGAGAAGACCCUGGGGAUUAGUUCCCCAGAGACAGAGACCAGGCCAUACCUGCCAAAGGCCAGAUUAGAGAAGAAGGAAGAGAAAGCAACCACAGAGAAUGGACCAAGCAGUGGUCAGAAGAAAAAAGGAAAAGCUCAAGACAGCAAGCAAGUAGAGAAGAAAGCAAAGGAAAGAUCAAGUCUUUCUGAUGCAGAAUUUGAGGAGAUUAUCCAAAUUGUGCUGCAGAAGUCCCUCCAGGAAUGCUUGGAGACUUCCUGUGCCCAGCUGGUAGCGUGUACCCAGUCAGGCAAAGAACCAGCAAUCACAACUUCUGCUACUGAUAACGAUAACACUGAUAGAGAGAAGAUAAUGGUACCUCAUACUCCAGAGAUUUCAGCCUCUCAGGAAAAUGAAGUCAUCUCUGAGAUAAGGACAUCUAAGUUAGGCCAGCUAGAUCCUGCACCCUCUGAGAAGAAAUUCAAUAGAUUCCCUUUAAGCAAAAGAAAGAAGGAAGCUCAAGAUGAGAAAAUGGAGAAAGUCCAAGGUGGACAUGAGAAUAGACAGACAGACCAACUGAAGAAAAUAGUUCAGGAUCAUUCUCAGAUCAGGAAACAGCAAAAAACAAAGCAAAGUGGUUUUGGUCAAUGUCUGAUCUGGGUCCAGUGUUCUUCCCCAAACUGUGAGAAAUGGAGGCGGCUGCAUGGGAAUAUUGACCCCUCAGUUCUCCCGGAAAAUUGGUCCUGUGACCAGAAUACAGACGUGGAGUUUAAUCGUUGUGAUAUUCCUGAGGAGACCUGGACAGGAUGUGAGAGUGAUGUGGCCUAUGCGUCCUAUGUCCCAGGAUCCAUCAUCUGGGCCAAGCAAUAUGGUUACCCCUGGUGGCCAGGCAUGGUAGAAUCUGAUCCUGACCUGGGAGAAUAUUUUCUUUUUGCUUCUCAUCUUGAUUCUCUACCGUCUAAGUACCAUGUGACAUUUUUUGGAGAAACAGUUUCUCGUGCUUGGAUCCCAGUCAACAUGUUGAAGAACUUUCAGGAGCUGUCCCUGGAACUAGCAGGAAUGAAAAAGUACAAGAACAAAGACUGCAGCCAGAAACUGGGGGCAGCCCUAAUGAUGGCUCAAGAGGCAGAACAGAUCAGCAUUCAGGAGCGGGUUAACUUGUUUGGUUUCCAGACCCGAUACAGUGGAUCUGACAAUAGUGAGGAAGGAAAAGACUUAAAGGUCUCUGGGACUAACAACCCAGAUUCCUGCUUGGAGAAAGAGGAGGAGGAGAAGGAGGAGGAGGCUGAGAAGGAGGAAGAGAAGAAAGAACAGGAGGAGGUUGAAGAAGAGGAGGAAGAAGAGAAAAAAGACCCAACUCUGUCUGGUCCCAAGUCAGUCAAAAUACAGACAAAAAAAUUCAAGCCAAAAGGCCUGGCAAAUGGACAAGGUGGGACCUUGAAAAGGAAGACAGUGAAGAGAUCUCGGAGAAGUGAAUCCAUAGCUCUUCCUGUACCCAUAAUGAGAAGGAAGGAAGGUCAAGGGAAUUCAGAUUCUGACCAGCCAGGCCCUACGAAAAAAUUUAAAGCUCCCCAAAGCAAGGCCUCAUCCAGUUUAUCUGAGGAAAAAGAAUGCAGAACCGUGCCACAGGGCCUGAACCCACCAGCUUGUGGGUUCAGUGCUGGGGCCUGUGCCUCAGCCGGGAAGGAAGGGCCUACACCCCAGGAACCACUGGCUCAGGAGUCUGGAAGUGUCCCCUCUGAAGAUGAAACCUCCAGUGACCUGGACCUGGAGCUACUCAUGGAAGAUGUUGGAAAAGAGCUGGAGCAGAGAGGGCCACCUCAGCGCAGGGAUGACGAAGAGGAGUUCACCAUGGCCUUCUUUGAAGAAUAGUUGUGUGCUAUGACUCUCCUUCUCCCUUCCUGCAGCACAGGAGGGAGAGCCUCACAGUGGGGUCCCUGAGAAGUUGCUAAGUGUUGGGUUGUUCAUUGGCUCCCAGGUUUAAGUCAGAGUUGUACAGUUUGUAUGUUAAUAAAGCAGAUCACUGGCUGGUUGGUUUGUUUGGUCUCUAACCACACGCUUCCUUUUGGUCUGUUUCUCCUCUCCUCCAUGUCACUGUGGUGGCAUGUCCUUGUUUCUGGUGGGAGGCAUGCAGAGGAUAGGAAUCUGGGGAAGGCAAAGAGACCUGAGUCCUGGGAGAGCCUUCAGAAGGGGAGAUCUGGGUUCUGAUACUGGCUCAGCUGCUUACUAGCCACCCAUACAUUGCUGGGAAAACCAUCUGGUUCUAAUUUUACAUCAUCUAGUUUAUGGGGUUGUUGAUGAUGUUGAAUGAGGUGAUGCCUGUAAAGCACUAAACACAGCACACACUAGUCAUGAUCCUAAGGGAAGAGUGUGGUUUGAUUUGGGGGGCAUAUG